UAUAUACAUAUAUUGUAUUUUAACAUGAAAAUGGCGUCUGUUAACCUGUGAUUUGCACGGUUUAUUGUUUUCGCGAAGAGAACAGUCGUCUAGAUUGUAAAAUUUUAUGAUAUUUUUUUAUUGAAUGAUGUCCGGUAAAAUUUGGAAUUCUGAUUUAUGGAAAACAUGGGAGAAACAAGGAAAAGGCGACUUCUUCAAGUUAAUCAAGCAUACAUUCAAGGAAGGCCACACAUCAGAAUGGAAGCGAGGAUUGUACGAACUAAUUUCACAGGGCGUUCGAGGAGUCGUAAAGAAGGAAAAAGUAGUAGAGGCAUUGGCUGAAAUCACUAGUAUCGACGGUGCAUUCCCAUCUGCAAUUGUAGAUAUUUUUACUUUGAUCGAUUCAGAAGCGCAGAAUGAAGAAAGGAAUAUGUUUUAUUUCAUCGUCAAAGAAUCAGAAAAGUUUUUAACAGAUCGAAUACUGAAAGAGAGAUUAGAAAUUGACACUCUUCAGGAUGUGGGAACAUUAAAAAAUCUCAAUUUUCAGACUAAAUUCAUCAAAGUCAAAACGAAACUCUACUAUAAACAACGUAAAUUUAAUCUUUUUCGUGAAGAAAGUGAAGGUUAUUCAAAAUUAAUAGUAGAGUUAAGUCAAGAGCGACCGGAAAGUGAAGUGGCAUCUACUUUAGAGAUUGUUAAAUCCCUUAUUGGAUAUUUUAAUCUCGAUCCAAAUCGAGUAUUAGAUAUUUUAUUGGAAACUUUUGAAAAAAGGCCACAGGACGAUGGACUUUUUAUUCCUUUGAUUUGUUCAUAUAUGAGCGAUCAACAAGUUCUUUGUGAAGUAUUGGGUUUUAAAUAUCGUUGUACAGCAAAUUCAACUCCUUUUUCAUUACAAAGAGUCACGGCAUUAAUGCUUCAGCAUCAAGUUAUUAAACUCGAUGAUAUUUGGCCGUGGCUUGUGCCCGAUGAUAAAUCAAUUAUUCGCGAUUGCGAAAUUUCAAUGAAACAAGCUAAAGAAUAUGUGAGAAAAAUGAGUAUUAUCUCGACAAAAGACAAGGAGGAUGUUCCCGAGGAAAAGGACAAUUCACAGGAUAAAUACUCAAAUAAUCAGAAAUUUGGACUCUGUGAAGCGCUUUUAGACAUCGGAGCUUGGGAUGUCGCUCAGAGUUUAUUCAAUAGAUUACCCGAUUAUUGUUUCACGGAUCAAAAACCAAUUGCUCUUGCAUUCUGUAAAAUUAUACAAUCCCUGAUUGAACCAAUUUAUCGCAAGUAUUGCGUAAUAUCGCCAAAAUUACCGGGAAGAAAAAUUCCCCCAUUAAAAAGUCCAUUGGCACCAAAGCCGAUGCAAUCACUUAAUCAAAUUCAUGAUCAAUUAUUACCGAUGCUUGUGAUUCUUGGACCGAAUCUUCAUCACGAUCCAAUUCUAAUGUACAAAAUAAUGCGAUUGUGUCAUUCGGCCAUUAAACAAAUUCCCAUGGACUCUAAUAGACAACCAAUUGAUAAAACAAAUAAUCUUUAUUUUGAUAUAAUAACAAUUCUUGAUGUUGCAUUAUUGCCAUCGUUGUCAUUUAUGGAUUGUAAUUGUUGUGUCGCGGAGGAAAUUUGGAAUAUUCUCAAACAUUAUCCAUAUCAAAAUCGUUAUUGUCUUUAUGCGCGAUGGAAAAAUGAAACUCCACUUCAACAUUCGGCAUUAUUGAAAAAAAGAGCGGACGCACAGAAGAAAAUAAAAACAAUUAUGAAACGAGUCAGUAAGGAGACAAUAAAACCUGUUGGUCGAUCAAUUGGAAAACUUACACAUUCAUCGCCUGGAGUUUUAUUUGAUUAUGUUCUCAUUCAAAUUCAACUUUACGACAAUCUCAUUGGCCCGGUUGUCGAUUCAUUGAAAUAUUUAACGAAUAUUUCUUACGAUGUAUUGGGUUAUUGUCUUGUCGAGGCAUUAGCUGGAGCUGAUCGAGACAGAUUUAAACACGAUGGAACAAGUAUUUCCCUUUGGCUUCAAUCGCUCGCCUCUUUUUGUGGCGCAAUUUUCAAAAAAUACAAUAUCGAAUUAUCCGGUCUCCUUCAGUACGUAGCUAAUCAACUGAAAGCACAAAAAAGUCUUGAUUUAUUAAUUUUGAAGGAGAUUGUGCAAAAAAUGGCAGGAAUUGAAGCCGCUGAAGAAAUGACUCCCGAUCAAUUGGACGCAAUGGCCGGUGGUGAUCUUUUGAAAAAUGAGGCCGGUUACUUUAGUCAAGUUCGUAAUACAAAAAAAUCAUCACAAAGAUUGAAGGAAGCGCUUGGUGAACAGGAUUUGGCUGUUGCACUUUGUCUUUUAAUGGCGCAACAAAAACAUUGCGUUGUGUAUCGAGAAACUGAUAGAUCUCAUCUUAAACUUGUUGGAAAAUUAUACGAUCAGUGUCAAGAUACAUUGGUUCAAUUUGGAACAUUUUUGGGAUCAACGAUGACUGUCGAUGAAUACGUUGAUAAAUUGCCUUCGAUUCAUUCCAUGUUACAAGAUCAUCACAUACAUUCGGAUGUCGCAUUUUUCCUCGCUAGGCCAAUGUUCGCGCAUGCUAUUAACAUCAAAUAUGACGCUUUACGAAAAUCAGAUCCAAAUUAUAAAAAAAUGUCAACGGCAGUAAAACAAACAAAAUGGGCAGAAGCCGCACAAACAACAAUGGCACCAGUUGCUCUUUCGGUGCGACCACUUCAUCCACUUAAAGUUUGGGAAGAUAUUUCGCCACAAUUUUUAGUUACAUUUUGGUCUCUACAAAUGUAUGAUUUGCAUGUGCCAAGCGAUAGUUAUCAACGUGAAAUCAACAGAUUGAAACAACUCGCUGCUCAGGUCGCGGAUUCCAAGGAUAUUAAUGCUGGAAAAGGUAAAAAGGAACAAGAGAAAUUUACAACAUUAAUUGAAAAACUUCAAGACGAGAAGAAAAAACAGGAAGAACACGUGGAAAAAGUUUUCGCCUAUUUAAGACAAGAAAAGGACUCGUGGUUUUUAUCGAGAAGCGCUAAAUCCGCAAAGAAUGAGACGAUAACGCAAUUUUUGCAAUUAUGUCUUUUUCCACGAUGUACUUUUACAACUGUUGACGCAAUGUAUUGCGCUAAAUUUGUACAUACUAUUCAUUCGCUAAGGACCGCGAAUUUUUCUACUCUUCUUUGCUACGACCGAAUUUUCUGUGAUAUCACUUAUUCAGUGACAUCGUGCACUGAAAACGAAGCUAAUCGUUAUGGUAGAUUUUUGUGCGCUAUGUUAGAUACUGUGAUGAGAUGGCAUUCAGAGAAGGCAAUCUUCGAUAAGGAAUGUAGUAAUUAUCCGGGAUUCGUAACAAAAUUCCGAGUUAGUAAUCAAUUUUCCGAAGCCAAUGAUAUGGUUGGCUUUGAGAAUUACAGACACGUUUGUCACAAGUGGCAUUAUAAAAUUACAAAGGCUAUUGUUGUUUGCCUCGAUUCAAAGGAUUAUGUACAAAUCAGAAAUUCAUUGAUAAUUCUGAUUAAAAUUUUACCUCAUUUUCCUGUUUUAUCGAAACUUUCUCAAAUUCUCGAGCGUAAAGUUGAAAAAGUUCGCGAGGAAGAACGUGGUCAACGACAAGAUUUACAUGUAUUGGCCACUUCCUACAGUGGACAACUUAAAGCAAAAACACCAAGUAUGAUUCGUGAAUCUGAUUUUCAUCAUGUCGGCGAAAAGGUCGCUAAAACUCAAGAGCAAUCGACUCCCGAAUCAGAAAAAGUUAGUAAUGGAGUUUUACAAAAAGAAGUUUCAAAUGGUGAAGCACGAGUUGAAAAGGAAAAUAAAGAGAUUCGAGAAAAACGUAAUAUCAUUCAAAUUCACCACAGUGAAAAUGUAGAAAAAGUUCCAAAGGAAAGUUCAAAGAAAAAAGAAGAGAGUAAAGAUAUUCAGGAAACGAAGGAGGAAAGAAAAUUGAAAAAGGAAAAAGAGGAAAUAAAAGAGGAAGAACCGAUUGUUGAGAAAAAAGAAAGAAAACACAAGUCGCAAGAUGAUUACUACAAUAGUAGUAUGGAUAAUUUAGAUCGAGACUUGUCGAGUGUUUCGAACAGUAGCGGCAGUUCUGGUCCAUCUCAAGAAGUAACUGAAAAAGUUAUAAUGCCGGAACCAAAGCGAAGAAAAGCCGAAAGUUCUGUAUUAAAGGAAACUAGACGAACUGAAUUGUCCGUCGAAAAAAAGGAACGUUCUAGUAAAACCAAAAUUCGAGACGAACAAAAGGAAAUGCGGAGAGAAAAGAAAAUUGGUCGCAAGAGGGAUCGAGCUGAAGAUAUUGUUCCAGCCGAACAAAAACGCCGAAAAGACGAUGAACGAGCGAAAACAACUCAUCAAAAUGGAGAUAUUCCAGAACAUCGGGAAAAACAUCAUUACAGUAAGUUAUUAAAGACGUCGCUGACCGGUUCAUUGAAAAGACGAAUAAUUCGGCAAUAGAGCGAAAAAGGAAAAAUCACCUUACACUACUAAGGAAAGACACGAACGAGAAGGCCGAGAAACCAGAGAUAAACAUAGGAGAAAUUCAGAUCCAAAACGAAGAUGAUGCACAACAAUAAACGACGUGUGACUUACAAAAAAAAAAAAAAAUUAUUUUUAUUUAUUUUUUUUUUUUUAAGCUACGUUUCAAUGUUGUCUGUAAUUUAAAUUAGAUUCGAAAACAAUAAAAUAUAGUGACAGAAUCUACUUAUUUGUAUAUUACGUUUUACGUCCAAUUUUUAUACAAUAAAUGUAUUUGUCGAAAAUUUACAUACUUUUUUGCCAGUGGAAAAAAAAACAAAUGUUAUUAUUAUUUUAUUGAAUUUUUCUUUUUUUUUUUAUUCAUUUUAAGUCUUAUUUGAAAAAUAAAAUCUUUAAAGAGCGAAAGAAAAACGUUUUAUUCCAAAUGAUUCCCGUUUUUUUUUUAAUUUUAUAUAUUAAAAAUUUUAAAAAAUUACUAUAAACGUGGCUUUUGAUAUGCGGCUUAGUUAUUAAAUUAUAAUCUAAAGUUUUAAUAUACUGCAUCUAUAUAUAUUCUAUAGACUCCAUAUCUCCAUGCCGAAGUAAAGUGUGCAUGAAAUGAACACAAAAAAUUUAUUUUUCAACUUAAUAGCUUUUUUUAUUAUUUCACUGUGUUAUCUACCUGCUGUGAGCAGUUUAUAAAUUGUCGAAAUUUUGUAUUAAAAACAAAGUAAAACUAAAGAAGUCUAAAUAAGAAUAAGACAGAAGAUUUUUAUCGUCUCACUGCUUUAGGAAUGGUUGAGGCAGAAUUGUUUUAUGACUUAACGCACACAGAAAAUUUUUAUAAAAAUUGUUCAAAUAGAUUAGAGAAGAUGUCCAUUUUGCAUGAAGAGAUGAAGCAUCAUUCAUCUGAUCCAGAAUGGUUUAAAAAAUUUUAUACUCUUGUCACUGAAACAUAUAAAGAGAAUAAUUUCUCAUCUGUAAUAAGUUUUGAAGAUUCCUUUUCAAUUUUUCAUUAUACUGAUUAUGGCUCUUCUCAAAUAAAAUAUGAUACAGAUGAAGGUAGACGAAUGAGAAAUGCUAUUUACAGAUUAGCAAUUAUACAAUCCAAAGAUCCAAAAAAAUAUCAUCGUUCUAUAUUGUAUCGAGGACAAAGCAAACCCAACAUGUGGUAUGAAGAAAAUUAUGUUGUUAAUAAAACGGAACAAUUAAUAAAAUUUACUUCAACAACAACCGAAGAAAGAGUAGCAAUGUACUACGCGGAAGGGGGAAAAAAUGGAAGUAUAAAUAUGACUGCAGAAGUUUCUAAAUGGCAUUUUCCAAAGCCAUUUUUGAAUGCAAAUAUUGAAAACAUAUCUCUUUCCCCUUUUGAACAAGAAACAGUUCUUCUUCCAGAAACAAGAUUUAUUACUAAUGAAAGGAUUCCGGUAUUAAAUCAAGAAUAUUUAUCCUACGGUGAAGAACUUGUUGAUAUUAAUUUAAGAAUAAAUGUAACUCAUGCUGAUGAAAAUUUGAGUAUAUUUGAGCAACAGAAAAAAGUAAUGAUAAAAUUAAAAGAACUAAAAGAUUCUGGUACGAAAUUUUAUGUCGACUGUGAAGAUUAAAGGGCUAUUAAAUUUAGGAAGUUAACAAGAAAUAACGUUCAUUAAUAUUAUUGUAAGUUUUAUUUCUGUGGAAUUAAUUUAUACUUAUGAUUUUUCAUUGGUUUGCUUUUGAUUACAGUUUAGUAUUUAAUUUAUAGAAAUUUAUUUAUUCUUGUAAAAAUUAAAUUUUUUGUGUGCUGAUAAAGAAUAUGUAAUUUUUAUUUGUCGAAUAACAUAUAUCAAUAAUAAAAAUUAUGAAACUAAUUAA